AUGUCGACGAUACAACAACUCAAGAACUUCAUCCGCCACGGCAAGCAAGCCCGCGCAGCGAACAAUGACGAGGCGGUAGCAAAGUCACACAACUCCCCUCCACCAAAGGCACACAUGGGUAUCUCCGAGCCAGCACACGUCGGCGCUCCCCCGGCGGCAGCCGUUCCCGACGCAUAUUCGGUUGCUGGUGACGGCCAGAACCGCGCCGCUCAAGCCGGCCAUGCCGCUGCCCACGCCGUCGAGCCAAACCAGAACAAGGCUAAGUCUAAGAACAUCGACAACACGCACCUCGCAAAGAUCAUCGCCGAAGAGAAUGAGAGCAAGAGUAAAUUCCCAAGAUACCCCGGCCUCGAGAGAUGGGAACUGGUAGAGAAGAUGGGCGACGGUGCCUUCAGCAAUGUCUACCGCGCGAAAGACACAACGGGCGAGCAUGGCGGCGAAUGCGCCAUCAAGGUCGUCCGCAAGUACGAAAUGAACAGCAUGCAGAGAGCGAAUAUCCUGAAAGAGGUUCAGAUUAUGCGCCAGCUGGACCACCCCAACAUCAUUAAGCUCAUCGAUUUCUCCGAAUCAAGACAAUACUACUACAUCAUCCUGGAACUGGCACCUGGUGGCGAGCUUUUCCACCAGAUCGUUCGACUCACCUACUUCAGCGAGGAGCUUUCAAGGCAUGUUAUCGUCCAGGUGGCCAAGGCCUUGGAAUACUUGCACGAGGAGAGAGGCGUUGUUCACCGUGACAUCAAGCCCGAGAACAUUCUGUUCAGCCCGAUUCCCAUUGUUCCGUCGAAAACCCCGAAGCCUAAGCAGCCUGGUGACGAAGACAAGGUCGACGAGGGCGAGUUCAUUCCCGGUGUCGGCGCCGGCGGCAUCGGCCAGAUCAAGAUCGCCGAUUUUGGCCUUUCCAAGAUCGUCUGGGACAAUCAGACAAUGACGCCAUGUGGAACGGUCGGUUACACAGCUCCCGAGAUCGUCAAGGAUGAGCGGUACUCCAAGUCUGUCGACAUGUGGGCACUGGGCUGUGUUUUGUACACCCUGCUCUGCGGUUUCCCGCCAUUCUACGACGAGAGCAUCGAGGUCUUGACUGAGAAGGUUGCCAAGGGACAGUACACUUUCCUGUCCCCUUGGUGGGACGACAUCUCCAAGUCCGCGCAGGAUCUCAUCUCCCACCUCUUGACCGUCGACCCCGAGAAGCGAUACACCAUUACAGAGUUUUUGGCUCAUCCGUGGAUCAAGGGAUCAGGCCCGACACCCCGUGAGGAGAAGAAGGCACAGCCCGAGAUGCUUCGUGCGUUCGACGCGUCUAAAUUCGCUGAUGGUGAACGCCGCUACGACUUCCGAUCUCCUGGAGCCGUCAACUUGCGCGAGGUCUUUGAUGUUGGUUACGCUGUCCACAGACAAGAGGAGGAGGCCAAGAGGCGCAAGCAGAUUGGUGCCAAGGGCGGUGUCCCCGCUCGUUUCCUCAACAACCUUAACGAAGAGUCUGAGGAUGAGGAUCAGGAGAUGCCAGAUAAGGACGCGGAAUAUGUGCACAAGCCUUCGCAGGCUACGCAAGCAUUGGAGCAGAGCAUGCGCAACGCCCAGAUUAAGGAUCAACAAGAGCAGCAGCGCGGACGCGAACGCGAACGACAAGCACACCACACCGAGAAGGGUUACGGUCAGCACUCUGCUGCAGUUACCGCCGCAGCUCGCCAGCAGGUCAGGGAUCGUAACAGGCAGAAGGGCGCUUUCGAGCUAAACCUCGAUGGCGCAACACUGCUUGGUCGCAGAGCCAAGCAGCCCAUGGCGGCAAGCGCUGGCGGGGCAUAG